AUGGUCAUCGCCGCAGCCAGCUCCAACCCGAAUCGUAUUCGAAUGGAGAGCAUUCGUCGCUUGACACUCUACGCCGACGCUCUGACAAAAGGUAGAAGGAGCAAACCUAUUCCUCAGCUCACGUGUGAGGGAGAAGCGUGCGAGUGGGCAAGACCUGACGUGGUCUUUUGCAAAUCUAUCGGUGGUGGGGAUUGGAAAGUGAGUUGGUGGCGCCGCAGCAGGGUGCGUUUAGCGCUCUGGUGCCCCAAGACUGAUUGAGAUUCUCGACGCAUACAUGCUACAGUGCGAAGCGGAUUUGCCCACCUCUGUCAGAUUGGGCAGGGUGGAAGUGUCUUGCGAAGGUUGGGAUCACUCGGAAGAUCCUUUUGUUCUAAAGGGUGAGCAAAAGUCCGUGUACGGGGAGCUGCUAUCCCUAGCUAUCAAUAACCGCUCCUAACAUCUUCUUUCCUCUGUCUUUCCCUCGUCGACAGACUCUUGUGCUCUCACCUACCGUCUCUUACCCGCAUACCAUUCCGCCUCGAAGCAUCAUACGACAAGUCAUGGACAAGGUGAGAGUCAUCGCUGCGUCUAUGCAUGUGCGAGCGCCAGGCAACGAGGGGGCUACUGAUGCAGCAUUCCAAUUCUCUUGCGCAGACAAAGUAUCGCUGCUAGACACGCUCUUCCCGUACCUAUUCUGGGGCGUGGUAAUCUACAUUGUGCUGCGCUUUGUGCAGAGCUUGACGCAAUCUACUGCUGGUGCUGGCGGACCACGUCGACUAGGCUGGCUGGGCGGAGGUGGACCGGGUUUUGGGGGUGGGCCUGGAGGAGGAGGUGGUGGUGGUGGGGAUGCUCCACCGCCUUACAAGCCGGAUCCUUCGGCAACCUUUUCUGCAGGCGGUGGAGUGCCCAAUGGCGCAGCAUGGAGGCCUGGAUUUUGGACCGGAUUAGGCUUGGGCGGACUAGCUAACGCGGCUUGGAACGCAUUCAAUGCUCCUCCACGUCCAACAGCUACUUUUGAGGCGAGAUAUGCGGACCCGCGCAACGCGUGGGACGAGGAUAGGUUCGCGACGGGUUUUGGAAGAAGAGAGGAUGGGCGGAGAAGGGGGAAUUCGUCGACUAGGGAUCAACGAGCCAGCGGAUCGAGCGAGAGGUACACUUCGACGGGUUUUGGAGGCACUAGAAACAGGUAA